AUGACGAUGGAUAUCGUGAAGGCGGGUGCCUCCAACGAGGAGGACGAGCAGAUCAUCAAGCCGCAGGCUUCCACGCCCGCCCUUGACACGAGCGAUUGGCCUCUUCUUCUUAAAAACUACAGCAAACUCCUUAUUCGAACUGGUCACUUCACCCCGAUCCCCCACGGUUGCGCGCCGCAUAAACGAGACCUCAAGUCGUAUAUCCAGAGUGGUGUCAUCAACUUAGACAAGCCAUCCAACCCUUCGUCUCACGAGGUCGUGUCGUGGAUCAAGCGCAUUCUAAGAUGCGACAAGACUGGUCACUCCGGAACUUUGGACCCCAAAGUUACCGGCUGCUUGAUCGUCUGCGUCGACCGCGCCACUCGAUUGGUCAAGUCCCAGCAGGGUGCUGGUAAGGAGUACGUCUGCGUCAUCCGACUCCACGACAGGAUUCCCGGCGGCCAGCCCCAGCUCGCCCGCGCCCUGGAAACCUUGACCGGUGCCCUGUUCCAGAGGCCCCCCUUGAUCUCCGCCGUCAAGCGUCAGCUCCGUAUCCGAACCAUCCACAACAUCAACCUCAUCGAAUUCGAUAAUGAUCGCGGCCUCGGCGUCUUCAGCGUCUCUUGCGAAGCCGGUACUUAUAUCCGAACCCUCUGCGUCCACGUCGGUCUUCUCCUCGGUGUCGGCGCGCACAUGCAGGAGCUCCGUCGUGUGCGAUCCGGUGCCAUGGGCGAGUCCAAGAACAUGGUGACCCUCCACGACGUUCUCGACGCGCAGUGGCUCUACGACAACACGAGGGAUGAGUCCUACCUCCGCAGGGUCAUCAUGCCCCUCGAGACCCUUCUUUGCACGUACAAGAGGCUGGUUGUCAAGGACAGCGCGGUCAAUGCCGUCUGCUACGGUGCCAAGCUUAUGCUUCCUGGAUUGUUGCGAUACGAGGAUGGCAUCGAGCAUCAUGAGGAGGUUGUUCUCAUGACCACCAAGGGAGAGGCCAUCUGCCUAGGUAUCGCCCAAAUGUCUACCCUCGAAAUGUCCACCUGCGACCACGGCGUCGUCGCCAAGGUCAAGCGAAACAUCAUGGAGCGCGACCUCUACCCCCGCCGCUGGGGUCUCGGUCCCACCGCCCUCGAGAAGAAGAAGCUCAAGGCCGACGGCAAGCUCGACAAGUACGGCCGGAUAACCGAAAACACCCCCGCCAAGUGGAAGGCCGACUAUAAGGACUACAGCGCCGCCCCCGGUGAAGCUCCCGCCGCUACCCCUGCCACCCCUUCCGCCGCCGUAGAGGCGACCCCCAAGGCCAUCGAGGCAACCCCUGCGGCUGCGGAGGAGCCCGCGGCGGACGAGGGCGAUUCCAAGAAGAGGAAGAAGGAUGAGGAGACGCCUGAGGAGAGGGCCGAGAGGAAGCGAAGGAAGGCGGAGAAGAAGGCUGCUAAGGAGGCGAAGAAGGCUUCGAAGGGGAAGAAGGAUGAUAGCGAGUAA